AUGAAGCAAGGAAAGGGAAUUCCAAUAAAUACUCCUUUUAUUGAAUUGUUUUCUAAAAUUCCCGAAUAUGAAAGGUUUUUACAAGAGUUGAUAGAUACUCGUCAGCAUUUGAAGAAAAAUUCCAAGAUAGUUCUUAGUGAGCAGAGUUCAAAGGUUGAAUUGGGGGAGUUACCAAAGAAGAUGGGAGAUCAUGGACGCCUCACUCUUCCUUGUGAAUUUGGGAAUAAUUUUAAGACUUAUGCUUCAGCCGAUUUUGGGGCUUGCAUAAAUUUAAUGCCUUUUUCAUUUUACCAAAAGCUCAAUACUCUAAAGUUAGAGGCUACAAGAAUGACCAUUCACAUGGCAAACCGUUCAGUGACACAUCUGAGGGGCAUUGUGGAAGACGUCUUAGUAAAAAUUGGGAAAAAAAAUUUUCCAAUUGAUUUUGUGGUUAUGGACAUGAAAGAAGAUCGUGAUGUUCAAAUCAUCUUGGGUCUGCCUCUACUUAAUAUUGCUAGUGCCUUGGUUGAUAUUCGUGAAUCCAAGCUUACCUUGAGAGUGGGAGAUAAUGAAGUUACUUUUGGAAUAGAGGAUGGUUUCCAAGGAAGUGAUGUUCAAGUUGAAGUUUUUAAUAUUGAUAAAGAAGAAGAUGAACUUGAAGAUUGGAGAAGCUUAUGGAAGAAGAACUAA